AUGGUUCACAAUAUACAUGGAAUGAAAUUCGUUUUCUGUUUCUUUUCGAAGAGUUGUGACAAAACGCAGUAACGAAUUAGUCGCAAGUUGAAGUUGCGCAUAUCUUGUAAAUUGCUCUGAGCUUAAAAUUUUUCAGAAAAAAGAGCAAUGGCAUCGAUGCAGGACAGAAUAAAAUUCAAACGUACAACCUCGAACUGUGACACGUGGUCUACACGGGAACAAUUAUGUCUUGCAUCAAGUGUACUAAAAUCUGGGGAUCAGAAUUGGAUAAGUGUAUCCAGAUCAUUGAAACCGUUUGUUGAAAAAGAACCAUUGAAGCCCACAGAUUGGUUCUCGCCAAAGUCGUGUGCCAUACAAUAUGCGUGUUUACUGGAAAAUGCUGAUACGCCAAAAAGAAAGAAGCGAGAGAGCGGCGAGACCACUGGUGAAUCCAUAGUCAGAAAAUUGACACAAGAGAGAGUAACUGAGUUGAGUCAAAUGCUUAACCGUCAGAGGGAAGAGUACCUACGACUCAAGACAGAUUUGAAUCAUUUCAAAUCAAGCGCAAUAAGCGACGAGAAGUUGGAGAAGAUGUGGCUUGAUAUACAACAGGAAGAACGUGAGAUGGAGCAAAAGACACGGACUCACAUGGCGUGGCUGGCGAAACGUCAACAGCAACAAAAACAAGAUAUGAGUUCACCAUCUAUCUCGACUUCAAUUGUAACCCAAACUCGCAAAGCAGUGGAAGGUACAACAGAAGUACUGCAGGAAUCCACUGCGACGGAAUCAUUGGUGGAGAACGAUGAGGAAAAGAAAACUAAUAGGGGCGGUAGAUCUCCAUUGUUGACGAGUCUAUUGAAAUCUCCCAGUCCAACGACUCAGACUGUGCAAUCCUUUCCGUCCACUCCGGUUCAAGUGAGUUCGCCGACCAUUACCAGUCUGCUUGGAUCAAGUCCUAAAGCACUAAACGCACAGAUGACACAAAAGGUAUCGCCACAGUUGCAGCAAUUGGUCUCGACGGCUAUAGCUAGCGCGAAUACGACACCAGAACGGCCGUCCGUUGGCGCUCCUACACUAUCUAUGCUGUUGGAAAUGCCAGCGAGUACGCAGAGAGGAUCCCUACCAAAUUUGCAAACGACAACUCCCACAACGAAUGUAUCCCAUGCGCAACAGCAACAGACAACCACAAUUGUGGCUGCUACCUCCGAAGUGCACAAUUUCCAGCAAGCAGCUCAAUCGCAAACUCAAGUCCAACAGGCUAUCCAGAACGAAGCAAUGGCAGCAACGACAAUGUCAACAGUUCCAGCGACCGCCACCACUUCGACAAAUAUAUCAGUGUCAGAGAAUAUACAGAUGCAGAUAAUUGAUCACAUAGACGUGAUGCGUAAAGACAUAAUGGUGGAUGUGAUGGAUAAGGAUGAGAUAAACGACAUCAUCGGUGACAUCGAGGAAUUGAUCAAGGAAGAGAUCAAAGAAGAUAUCCCCAAUAGUCCACAGACAAUAGACACAAGUGGCUCGACAACAACGACAACGACAACGGCAGUUAUCAAUAGUCUCACCAGUAUGCCCCAACAAGCGACGGAAGUGUUAAUACCUACAACAGGACCAAGGCCGCAACCGAGAGAUGUGGAUGAGGCUGUGUCGCUGUCCGAUUCGCCACAAAGCGAAAUGGCAAUCGAGGAGAUUGAUUCUAGUACUUCAAAUAUUGCCGAGAUUAUUGGAACCGUCGCCAUUGAUUCACAAGAACCUAAAAUUAUUGUCACGGAGAUCACAGAGACCAUACCAAACACAUCGGAGACCAAAUCCGAGACAAGUACGUGUGAAAAGAGGACGACUUCGAUGGAACAGCUUGUUCCAAAGACAGAAAUCAAAGAUGAAGAAACUAGUAACGAUACUUCAAUAGAAGAGAAACAAUCGGACGCUGAAACAAAAUCCGUGGGUGCCUCAUCGAAUGUAGAGAUCGAGAAAAAUAACUCUAAACUUUUGGGCGAUAUGAAGGAAACCAUAAACGAGACUACGGAAGACGUGGAAGAGGAAGUUGAAGAGGAAGAGGAAACGGAAGUCACUGCGCCUAUUUACAAAGAAUCAUCCGAUAGCGUUAAAGAGCAGAAGGAGCCUCCAGAAGACAUUGAAGGUAAACAUAAUGCGGGAUUAGAUCAAUUAGAAAUAUAUUUGGCGAAAAUUACAGGGGAUCAGCAGGACGUGCCGUCCGCGGAGAUUGUGAGCAUUUCUUCAGAGAUGACGAAUGAUCUACCCAGUGCCGAAGAUACGGAAAAGUCGCAAGAUAUUAGCUUAAUCCUAGAGGACGACGAGAGCAGUCAAAGCACGGAGAGUAAAAAGAAAGCGGUGACAGAAGAGCGGAUUGUCGAAAAUACGGUUGAAAACACUGAAUCCUUAGAAUUGUUUAAAGAGGAAUCGAUAAAAGAAAAGAAUGUUGCAGAGAUAAAAGAAGAAUCUUCGAUAAAGUCACAGACAGAAGAAACGAACGAGGAAACGUUGGAGAUAGGCACAGAGCUUAAGAAGGAGAAGAUUAAAGAUUCCUCGGAGGAUGCUACAAGUUCCAUCUUGCAGGAUGUAGAAGUCAAAGAGGAGGAGACCGACAAAGAACCGACUGAUGAAAACGAGGAUACUAAACAAGUGACCGUAGAGGAAGUAAAAAGUGUCAAAAGCGAGCCAGUCGAGGCUACGACUACCGAUGCAGAAAUACACAUUAAAACGGAGAGUGUAGAAGUCAAGUUCGAAGAAUCAAAAGCCGAAACAGAACCGGAAGCUAGCGAUUCGUUUUAUAGGAAGAGCCCGCUUCACGGUUCAUCGGAGGAAGAUAAGAAAGAGAAAAUGGAAGUAAAGGAGAAAAAAGAGGAAAAAGAGGAUGUAAAGAAAACCAUGGAAGGCGAGCAGAGCGUAAAGAAGGAAGUAGAAUCUACAGUCGUGGAAGAACCCGGAGAAUUAGAUGAGGAGGAGUCAUCGUUGAGCAAAUUGAGUAGCAACCGAGCGAUGAAGACAUACUCCAAAAAACAGAAUAUCGCUGUGGACAGUGAACCAGAAAAUGAGAGCACUGGAGAGGGCGCGGAUUAUCGUGCUUGGAAGAAAGCGGUCAUGCUCGUCUACAAUCGUUUGGCCACGCAUAAAUACGCGUCGGUGUUUCUCAGGCCGAUCACAGAGGACCAGGCGCCUGGGUAUCAUUCGGUGAUUUUCCGACCGAUGGAUCUAUCAACCAUCAAAAAGAACAUUGACAACGGCACAAUUAGGUCGACCAUGCACUUUCAGAGGGACGUCAUGCUUAUGUUCCAAAAUGCGAUCAUGUACAACAAACAUGACACGUUUAUCUUUAAAAUGGCAGUUUCAAUGCAAGAAGAAUGUUUGCAACAUAUGCAGAUUUUGGUACAAGCAACGGGAGAAGGAACGUUCCGAAGGGAGACUAGAACCGCUGCGAGCAGUAGUAGCGAGGCGAACGAGAAUAGCCUUAAGCGGAAACGAAGUCACAUCACUCCGAGUCCCCACGAUACUGACACUCCGCGCUCGAAAAAACGCAGAAAAUCCGAGAACGAUUAAACUAGAUUAACAAGUUGUAUAUAAACAUGUAAAAAAACACGCGAAGAAAAAGAGAAAUGUGGCAGAGAGAGAGAGAGAGAGAGAGGAGAAUAGAGAUAUAUUUUUCAGGCAUUGACAAAAUGUACCGACAUCGUAUACGAGAAUAAGUGAUACCUAAUGCCUACGAAAAAAGCAUAUGUGUAAUAUAUAGAAUCAUUA